AUGCCUAGUAUCUUCAAUAUCAGGGCAAAAACUCGCAAAAGGCCUUCACUAGAACGCGAAAAAUCACCGAGUAAGGACAGCCGACAAAUUGCCCGUACACCGGAUACGAAGCCAGAAUUGACCGCUGAUUCCACCAAUCUUUGGGCUCAGGCCGAGCAAAUCUUAAGGGCAGACCCCAAAACGAGGGAAAUCCUUGAUGAAGCGACCCGGAUUCUUGAAGGGUUUGGAUUGAAGAUUGGGUCUGAGCAUCAGCAGCUUUGCAGCUUUCUUGACGACAGAGUCACCAAAAUUGAAGAGAAGAAGCGGAUGAUUCAUUACCGCGAGGUUUCAGGUCAGGACCUACUCACUACGAUAUUUCAGAAUGUUUUGAAGGUGAAAGACAUUGUCAAUACCGCGGCAUCUGCAAGCACCCCUGCAGCAAUAGCCUGUGCUGGUGUGACCGUCUGCCUCGUGCUUUUCAUCCAAGGUGUUGAGCAACAUAAGGCUCUUCUCAAGGGCCUCGAUACAACCGCGGCGUUGAUCCCCCGCUUAUGUAUAAUGGAGAACCUUUAUUUGCAUUCUCAGUCUAGUGCAAAGCUCACUGAUGAGUUUACUGAGAGAUUCAAAGAAAGAUUCAUGAUUAUGCUAGGCAAGAUACUGGAGUUUCAGGCCCGUGCACUCUGCUGUCUUCGGAGAGAAUCUUUCACCCGGUUCUACAGGGGCAUGCUGAAGCAAGAUCAUUGGGACGCAUUGUUGCAGGACAUGACGAGCCUUGAGAGCGAAUCAGAGAAGUUUACUACCCUGAUAAACGCGGCGGAGAACAAAGCAGAAAGAGAAAAGCUAGAGCACGAACUUGAAAAUGCUUUGCAGAGUUAUAAAACUUGGCAAACAUCAUCAAACCGGGACGAGAGAGUCAAAAAAUUUCCCCGGGAGCUCUACAAACACACGUGCCCGUACCAAGAACGGAAAGACCGAAACAACAAGCACGUUCCGGAGACGUGUGAAUGGUUUACUCAGCAUGAGCGUUUCAAAAACUGGGAUCAGAGCCAUGAGUCUUGUCUGUUAUGGGUCUCCGCCGAUCCUGGGUGUGGAAAAUCUGUGCUAGCAAAGUACUUGGUCGAUGAAUUUCUCCCGCGGCCCAGAAAGAGAACAGUCUGCUACUUCUUCUUCAAGGAUGAUAUUCAGACCAGAAAAGCUCAACAAGCGCACUCUGUGCGGUGA